AUGACCACUCCAUUUGUGCAGACGAUCUCGGACACUUAUCUCACAGUGGACACCAUGGAGUUCUUAGAUCAGGAUCUCGAUGUUGAUGAGCUGGGAGGCUACAUCACUUUUGCCCGCACUGAUGAGACCUUACUCACACACUAUGUGCUUUAUUGGACGGAACUUCCGAAUAUGACAGACGAGGAUACGGGAUCACGGCGGCUUUCCUAUGACAUGGAAGAAGAGGCCGAGGUACGACGACUUGCAGCGACCACUUCAAGCGUGACGACAAGCACUUCAACAAGCUCCUCCACCACAAGUUCCUCCAGUACAAGUUCCACAAGUACAAGUUCAACAAGUACAAGUUCCACAAGUACAAGUUCCACAAGUACAAGUUCCACGAGUACAAGUUCCACGAGUACAAGUUCCUCCAGCACAACCACAAGUUCUACUACGACUUCCUCUAGCUCCUCCAGUCUGACUACUUUCACAACAAGCUCUUCCACUGCCACCACCAUCACCGUGACCACAAGCUCCUUUACUUCAACUUCCACUUCUACCAGCAGCACUUCCACUUCCAGCUCCUCCACUUCGACAAGUUCCUCCACAUCUAGCUCGUCGACCACUUCUUCAAGCACAAGCUCAUCCAGUACAAGUUCGUCAUCCAUGUCCUCUUCAUCCUCUUCCUCCUCCUCUUCGUCAAGCUCAUCAAGUUCAAGCUCGUCGACAACGUCUACAUCCAUCACUGCUACCUCUUCAUCUUCAACAUCUUCAUCAACCACAUCUUCAUCAACCACAUCUUCAUCAACCACAUCUUCAUCAACCACAUCUUCAUCUUCUUCCACCACCUCCACUUCUUCAACAACACUUACUGCCACGACAAGCACAGUGUCAACUUCUAGCACCUCAAGCACAAGCACCACAUCCAGUACUAGCAGCUCUACAACAGCAACAUCUACAUCCUCUUCCACAACGUCCUCAACCUCGACCUCCUCCACGACAACAUCGUCGACGUCCACCAGCACCACCUCGACCAGUACCACAGAAACAGUGACCACCUCAACGGUUUCCUCAACAUCAACCACCACGUCUUCAUCAACAACAUCCACUUCUACCUCGUCCACGUCAACUUCCGUUUCAUCUUCAACAGUGACCACCACCAGCACAACCUCUUCAUCAACUACCUCCACAUCAACCACCUCCACUUCUUCUUCUUCCACAAGCUCAACGACCGUGACGCAAACAACGUCCACUUCAUCAUCAGUCACCAUCACAACUACGAGUGCUACAACCACUAGCUCGACGACCACAUCAACCUCGUCCACAUCCACGAGCACCACCUCAAGCAGCUCAACCACUUUGACGCACACAACCUCGACUUCUUCAACGGUGACCACAACAUCCUCCACCAUUUCUGUGACAACGUCCACCUCUUCGUCGGUCACGAGAACGACCUCAACAUCAUCAACCAUCACUCACACAACAACAUCUACAACUUCGUCAAGCACAACAUCGACGAGCUCAAGCACCACCUCGACUAGCACAACCAGUACCACUUCAAGCUCGACGACGGCCACGUCUACCAGUACCUCAAGCACGUCUACCUCCACAACCAGUACUUCAUCAACCAGUUCCUCGUCAACAAGUUUUUCCAGCACAAGCACCACUAGCAGCUCGACAAGCAGCACUUCGACCUCUUCCAGUUCCACAUCUUCCACUUCGACGAGCAGCUCGAGCACCACCUCGUCCUCCACAAGCAGCAGCUCCACUACAACCUCAUCGACAAGUACGACCAGCGUAACCUCAACUACGACAACAACAAGUACCAGCUCGACCACAACAACAACCUUCCUGGGCAGACUUCUCAGAACCCAAGUGCUCUACAAUGGCAUUUGGGUUUGGCGCACCUUCCAUGAAGAGUUUGAGGUGAAUGAAACAUUGACCUUCGACAACGCCUCUUUGGUGCCGGCAGAUUUUGCGCUCCAGGAUUACACGCAUAUCAUGCUCUACUUGCAGUCCAGCUUCUGUGAGCAGAGCACGCCGCAGGUCAUCCCAAUUCGGGAUGCCAAGGCGAGCGUGUCCAAUGUGGCUUUCAUCGACAAGGACUUGGACGGGAGCGAACUGGGCGGCCAAAUAUCAUGGACGGAACCAACGGAUUUUGGUCCUGCUGGAGUGAACAGAGCACUGCGGUAUCGGCUUUACUUGGCAGACACAGACAUGGGAGUCAACAGGAUUCUGCUCAACUACCAGGUAAACUCCUUCCAAUACCUGCGUUUCACAGCCUCGAAGCUGCGGAAUGACACAUUUGCGGAAGGUGUGCAGCUGGCAGAGAUCAGUUUCCGCGUGGGAGGGGCCUGGACGUUGGACUUGAGCACUGCCACUGCGACCAACACAGGAUCAAGCCCUUCGGGUGAAGGAGCUGACCAGGCAAUUGAUGGCAAUUCUGCCACCAAGUGGUUUGACUACACCAGGUCAGCUUUGACCGUGCAGUUGGCAUCUCCUGCAAAAGUGGAGGCAUUCAGCUUCACCACAGCAAAUGAUGCGUCAGAUCGGGAUCCAAUCCAGUGGAUCCUGGAGGGUUCUGAGACCGGCUCCUACUGGUUCAACUUGCAUUCACAGAACACUGACUUUGCCACGCCAGAAACACGUACUACAAAUACCGGCUGGAUCUCUUGGGGUCAGGACAUUUCUUCAGAUGCCGUUGAAAUUGGUACCUCAGCGGUGGACUUGGCGCCGGAGUACUCGAACUAUGGGCGUCUCAGCAUGCUGGUUUAUACAGAGUCGUCAUUCGUUGAGCAGACUACUCCGGGUGCCUUUACUGUCACCGACCAGAACUCCACGGCGGAAGACGUGACCUUUGAAGAUCUAGACUUGGACUAUGGGGAGAUUGGAGGAACCCUACUGUGGUCUUCACCAACCAUGACCAGCGAGAUUGACCACUACGUAGUUUACUUUGCCGAGGAUGCUGUGGGCACAACACGCACGUUUUACACGAACACGACCUGGGAGUAUGAGAACGUGACAGUGCCCGCAGAGACAAACAGGUCUGAUCACACUUACUGGCUGGUUUAUACCGCAUCCAGCCUGGUGGAGCAAACAACCCCAGCGUAUCUGGCAAUCUUUGACAGAAAUGGCACAGUGUAUCAGCCCACCUUCACUGGCAAUGACUUGAACCUUGAUGUGCUUGAGGGCACGCUGUACUGGACGGCACAGGCAUCAAGCGACGAGCUUCGAGGAAUCCAGGACUACGUGGUCUAUUUGGCAAGCAGUGAGACAGGUGAUUCACGUUCUCAGGUCGAUUCAGUGGUCGUUGGCACGAACCAGCUGAGCCUCCCUACAAAUCUUCAGCGAAACUCACACACGCACUUCCUCGUCUAUGCAAGGUCCUCCCUGGCAGAGCAGACCACUCCAGUUUCCAAUGUGAGCUUCACAGAUCUGGACUUGGAUGAGACAGAGUUGGCUGGGACGGUUUAUUGGGAUCCACCUGCUAGAACUGUGGCCGUCACAGCCACCUGGCAGCAUCAACCAAACACUAGCCAUACUAUAGAAAGUCAGUGA